UAUAUGGUUCUGCAUAUUUCCAUAUAUAUAUGCAACACCAUGUUAUCGAGUUUAUCAUCUCUUGCGUACCCUGCCAACGAGCAACAUGGCCGGAAGUCCAGUUGCCGCCGUCGUAUCACCACUUGGCCAGAGUGUUCAAGAAAUGUCUAUGAAUGGGAAUGAGCCACCCCCACAAUACUUCCUUAAAGAAAACAGUAUCCACCCUAUGGAUUCUUUUCUCCCAUCAGAUCCAAUUCCCAUCAUCGACAUCAGUCUCCUCUCCUCCUCUUCGUCGCUAUCUUCAAGAGGAGGAGAAGAAGAAGAGCUACAGAAACUUAAAUCAGCUCUCACUUCAUGGGGCUGCUUUCAGGCGGUAGGCCAUGGGAUUUCUAGUUCAUUCUUAGAUAAAGUACGGGAAGUUGGGAAGCAAUUCUUUGCACUUCCGGUGGAAGAGAAACAAAAGUACUCCAGGGCGACUGAUGGCAUCGAAGGUUAUGGGAAUGAGCCUAUUCUUUCAGAGAAUCAAGUGCUCGACUGGUCAUAUCGCUUGCUUCUCAGGCUACAACCAGUGGAUCAAAGAAAGCUUCAACUUUGGCCCGAAAACCCAAAUGAAUUUAGAGAGGUCUUGGAUGAAUAUGGCGCAAAUGUAAAGAUUAUAAUGGAUGUUCUCUUCAAGGCCAUGGCAAUGUCAUUGAAUCUGGAAGAGAAUAGCUUCUCCAGUCAAUUUGGAGAGCGGGCAGUGAUGCAGAGAAGGUUUAAUUUCUAUCUGAGUUGUCCAAGGCCUGAUCUGGUUCUUGGUUUUAAACCUCAUUCAGAUGGAUCAGGAAUCACUGUCCUUCUCCAAAACAAAGAAGUAGAAGGUCUUCAAGUCUUCAAAGAUGAUAAAUGGUUUAGGGUUCCUAUAAUUCCCCAUGCUCUUGUUGUCAACCUUGGGGAUCAGAUGCAGAUAAUGAGUAAUGGAAUAUUCAAGAGCGCCAUACACAGGGUUGUAAGCAACUCAGAAAGGAUGAGGAUAUCAGUGGCUAUGUUUAAUGAACCUGAGCCAGACAAGGUCGGACCAGUGGAUGCCUUGAUUGACGAGAAAAGGCCAAGAUUAUAUAGAAAUGUGAAAAAUUAUGCUUAUUUCAACUUUGAGUGCUUUCUGAAAGGCCUGAUACCACUUGAAUCAGCAAAAAUAUGA